UUUUUUUUUUCGUGAAGCUCAAACACAGGUCGCCGCUGCAAUUUCGGAAUCUGCGCUUGUAUAUGGCGGACGAGACUUUCCACCGGAGGAGGAACCGCAGCACGAACCCGAGGUGCUUCGGCAGCAACCCCCUCUGCUCGGCCGGAACCGAGCCGCUCUGCACGGCCCGAGUAAAGAGAACCUUUAAAUCCACGGCCCCAUUACGCCAUUACUCUUUUCGUAAAAUGUAACGCAGCGUGUCGAGGAGGAGGAGGAGGAGGAGAGAGAAAAAACCGUCGUGGUGGGAAAUAUUUUUGGGGAAUUUCUCAUAACUAAUUCACAAUUAAAUUUUUUUUUCUCCCGGAGGAAGCAGCUGAGCAGCCAGCUCUGGUUCGCGGGAGGGAAGCCUUCUGGAGCGGGGAGGCUGUUUUCGCAUGAGCUGCAUCGUUUCUGGAGAAGCGAAGGCUCAGAGGAGGCAGAGUCAUGAGUGCACAAGAGGCACCCAAUCCUGGUAAGGAGAAGGCGGACAGUGGGAGCGCAGCCACAGAUGGCCCCUCACCAACCUUAGCCUCAGCCACCAAGACUACGAGUCCGGCACCCGUCACAGUUAAGAAAGAGCCCGGGAUCUUCGAGACGAGCAACGGGAAAGUUGGCGAUGCCAAUCCUGCUGAGAUCUGUGUUGUUAUUGGAGGAAAUGAUGGAGGAGGAAGUGGAGGCGGAUCACGUAGAGCUCCUACCGAGGGUAUGUUUGCCCUUGGUACUCCUCCUCCAACGAAGAGCACAGACUCAUGCAUAGGCUCAUAUGUAUGUGGGGUAUGCGGGAAGAAGUACAAGUAUUACAACUGCUUCCAGACACACGUCAGGGCACACAGAGAAUCAGAGGCUAUGAUUACAGAUACUUUACCCCAGACGCCCAACAACAGCUUCCGUUACUCCUGUGACAUCUGUGGCAAGAAGUAUAAAUACUACAGCUGCUUCCAGGAGCACCGUGACCUGCAUGCAGUUGAUGAUCCUUAUGAACAGGUAGUGUUACCUGUGGAUGGCCUUAAAGAUGAGGAGCCAGUUGAACCCUACCAGAAAAUCGGUCCAAGGGAAAAAGCAAUCGCCCAUCUCUGCAGAGACCGUGGGUUCAAUCGACGGCAGCGAGUGUCCCUUCAAACACAAUUGGCAGUGUUCGCAGAAACUGGGAGCUAUGUUUGCGAGUUCUGUGGGAAGCAGUACAAGUACUUCAAUCCAUACCAGGAGCAUGUUGCUCUUCACACGCCGAUGGGGGCCUUUGAUAUGAAGGCAUCACGGGUACAGGAAUGUGGCAGUAUAGACAUGAGUAAAUUUGGCCACAGCCAAGCUGCCAAGAUAAAAAACAGUCCAUUCAGGCGGAAACUGGAGACUGCGAUUCAGUCGAGUCUGGUCGACACAAACAGCUCGCAGAAUUCAAGCGGAACUCCGAGCCCUCUGGUGGCCACGUCCUUCUCUACAACGCCGAAACCCUACACUUGUGGUGCCUGUGGCAUCCAGUUCCAGUUCUACAACAACCUGCUGGAGCACAUGCAGUCCCAUGCUGCUGACAAUGAGAACCACACCAAAGGGGAGUCUCCCAAAACCUCCUCAGCCACGGGUCCUCAGGAGCAGCUGUGGAGAGGUUCUCAGGCUCCGGCCCAUCCCUCAGUUAAACUACAAAUCCAGCCUCAAAGUAUCUCCCAGAGAAACCACACACUCAGCCAAAAUAAUGGACUACCUGAGAAGGAGCGACAGCAGGUGGCUGAGCGUCUCUUACGGGUAAUGUGCUCAGAUCUGAGUAUGCUAAACGUGCUUAACAGCAAGGACUUCCUGAAGUUGGCACAAACCUUCGUGGAUACGGGUGCUCGUCAUGGUGCCUACUCCACCCGUGAUGCUCUUGGCAACAUGAGUGCCUUGGCACUGCGUCAGCUGCCCCGCAUGUACAACCAAGUCAAAGUCAAGGUCACGUGUGCCCUGGGCUCCAACUCCUCACUUGGCAUCGCCGUCACCUGCCACGCCCAGACAUCUGGACCAGAUGCUUGCUUUGUUCUCACAGCCUACCAGGUGGAGGGAUCAAGACUGAAGCGCUAUGUGCUCGGUGUAAGGGAGGCCGAGCUCAGGGAGGGGCCUGAGCAGAUUCACCACUGGGUCCAGAAUGUGCUCUCAGAGUUCGUCAUGUCAGACAUUCGCACUGUGUAUGUCUCGGAGCCCCGGGUGUGGGCAGCAGGAUUUGCGGGAUCACCUCUGGGUGGCGGUGGCCGGGGGAGGAUAUGCCUGCGAUGCGCGGGGUGUUCACUCGGUGCUGUUGUCCAGGCUGUCCUUGGGAAGCGCAGCCUCCAGGCUCGAGGUCUUCAUGAGUUGGCCGAGCUUCUCUUGUCUUGCAGAGAUAUCGCCUCCUCCACCACACUGGCUAUCCGUGACGAACAGUUCAACAACACAUCCACGAGCACAGCUGACGAAGGUUCACAGGGCAGCGCCGCACAGAGCCCCACUCCUCCUUGCUGGGAUCGCAUGGCUGAAGCUCUUCUGCAGGUCCAUGUCCACUUUGAACAGAUCUGUGAGGCUUAUGGACGCAGCAAGUCCACGGCUCCUCUGCUCCAAGGUCUCAACAAGCAUCUGCUCGGCACGCUGGCUUGUCUGUUGGCCCCUCUGCGCCUGGCAGCUCUGGAGCUGAGCAGCCAGAGGAGACCAACCUUACAGCAGGUUCUGCCCGUCUACCUUCGCCUGGAGAAGUUUUUCACAUCUAAAGCGGGGGAGGCUGGAACUGGCACGGCUAGCAAACUCUGCCACUACUUCCUAGAAGCACUAAAGGAAAACUUUAAGGUUGAACGCGCUCACCAGGUCGCCAUGAUCCUGGACCCUCAACUCAAGCUACGUUCAGUGCCAGCCUACCAGCAUGAAGACAUAAUCUCCCGUGCAUGUGAAAUGGCUACUGAAAACCGUGAUGGAGGUAUGACAGGUGGUGGAGGUUCGGGUGGUGAAGAUCGGGACACUGAUGGCCCUCCAACUCCUAAAAUAAGCCGCAUAGAGGGAGGUGGAAGCAAUGGCGGCACCUCAAGGAGGACGCCCACAUGCAAGGUGUCUGGUAGCGACGACGGUCAAAGCCAAGUCAGACAAGAGAUUUUCCAGUACCUGGCUGAGCCUCUUCUCCAAGGCACACCCGAUCUCCUCCAGUACUGGAGCUCAGCAAUGGGCGACAAGUUUCCCAGGCUCUCUCGCCUGGCACUGUGGCUCCUCGCCGUCCCUGCUGUGGGCAUACGGGGCGAGUGUGUGACUGUGUGUGAGCAGAGCCUGGCCAUGAAGAGGAGGCAGCAGGUAACCACUGAGGAAAUGAACAAACUCAUUUUCCUUCGCUCCAACAUGGGCUAGAAGAGAAAACCCAACCUACCCUUAUCAACCAAACGUUCACCUCCAACAAAUGACUCAAGACUAUUAUUUAUAUACUGUAGGUUUAGACCAACUGUAAGCUUCAAUGUGUAUGGACAUUAAAUACAGAUAUUUACAGGAAAACUCACAUUGUAUAGGUCGCAAACACCCAUAAAACAGCUUAUUACAUAUUUUAUAUGGAGAAAGGACUGUUGAAAAGUACUGUCGAGAAAAUGUAGGGGUGGAACGUUCACUCUCAAAAGAUCGUCCCGUUUGGUAGCCAUCCUCGGUUUGGGAAGCACAUGUCAGCAGGAUGAGUUUGGGUUUUUUCUCUCGGCCAGUAAAUUGAAUUCCUCCAGCCUAACAACUUAACCGCUACGAGGCUAUGAUGCUGUUAUUCCCACUGGAUGGCAACAUUUUCAGGUAAAAUCUGGUCUCACUGCUUGAAGCUACUGUCAUAGACCUCUGAAAACAGUCAUUUAUCAAAGACAUUAGCAGUAAAUACUGUAGCAUGUACAGUAGGUUGUAUAGUAAUUGUUUUCAUUGGUGUAUGACAGAAAAACAAAUCAAGUGGCGAGUCUUCACUGCCAUUGUAUCGCUGACAAUUAAACCAGGUUCAUGAUUUACUGUCCCACGGGAGUUCUGAGCUAAUUCAUUACAACUAAUUUGGUGGUUGCACCAGUGCUCUCUAAAUGUAGAUGCAGAUCAUUUACAUGCAUAUUUCAACCAGACGGGUAAAAAAAAUCCAGCUGAUCAAACCUUAACACUGAUAUGAAGCCUUCCUCCUUGUUUAUGAUACUAAUAGUGAGGAAGACAUGGAAUGGUUUGACUUCUGUCUACCUUGAAUGAAGGAGAACCAGGGCUUAUUUGACUCCACAGGCCUUUUAUUCCAGGAAAUGUAGUAAUAUAAGAAACCUCACGUAGCAGCUCUGCAGCAGAAAUGCUUCCUCUGUGAUCAGACACGUGUGACCCGGGCUGAAAGCAGAAGUCAAACUGUCAAACUUCCAGUGGUUUACUUGUGCUCAUCACACAAAGAGGGCUGCGUUGUAUCAGAAUCUUUUUCUGGUCAGCAUUUACACUCAUUCCAUUCAGCCUUACGAUAAAUUACCUUAGCAGGAUUGCACCAACAAGGAAUUAAAGAAACAAACUGAAUAAAUAAAUCUUAUAUUAUCCUUUUAAUACUUGAUGGUACAACCCAGCCUGCAUGUCAGUAAAUACACAGAAAUAGCAUGUUGAUGACAUUUAGUCUCAUUUGAUGAUAUUUUACAGAGUUGGUCAGUCCGUUCUGUGAAAAGACACCUACAGCUGUGUCUUUACGCUGCAUUUAAACACCUCUGUCUCCAUUAGCCUUCAGUUAAAGCUUCUAGAUAAGUGGUCGACCACUGUGCACGUGCAUGUCUAAUUGUGUAUCUGUUUUCAAAGCUCAAUUGGAAAACAUCUCCACAGGAAAGACAUGAUAGCUAUUUUAUUUAUUAUCCUUUCCUCAUUCUUCACUCUAAUACAAACAUUGUCUUCCUUAUGUGAGCUACACAUUUCCAUUUCUUUAAGGCAAUAAGCUUUAUCCUAGGGCAGAGUUUCUGACUUUCUCUAUUGAAAUUGACUGUUGUCAUGAUUCUCCCACACUUUAUUAUUAUUAACAGUAUAUAUUAUUUUUCUCUUUGUGAAAUCAAUGGGAUUUUCUCAGGAAGGAGUGCACCCAAGCAGGCACUGCCACUUUUUCCUCACUGAACCUAAAACAUGUCCUCACUGAACCUAAAACACACCAAACUGUGACCUCAAUGCCGAGGCAUGAACUGAACCGUGACUUUCUGCGAAACGUUCCACCCCGAAUGCAGUUGGUGCCAUUUGCAACAAACUCAAAAGAAAAACAAGUAUCUGUUUAUGAGAAUCUAUUUCUUUCAGGACGAAACACACUCUGACAGUACAUUCGUUAAAGUCGCCACAUGCAUACUGAUGAAGUCAAGUUAUUUAUUUUUUUAUGGAUUCUAGAAAUACAUUUACACGAGCUAAUACCUCCUACAAAUGACUUGGGUGAAUGGAAGUUAUACUGUAACGUGUGUUUGUUGCCUCUGGUACUAAUCAAGUCAAAUACUAUUGUCAUUUUAUGUUUUUUGGGCCUUAAGUCUCUUUUCAUGUGAUCACCUUAAAUCCCUCGAGUCAGAGCCGACAUCAUGCCUUUAUAUUGCUGUUCAAUGGCCUUCUUUUCACCAUCUUUUCUAAAGCUUGUAGUUGUCGUUCAUCACUCCUGUAGACUUCAAAGGGACUUCUGGCCGAUGGUUGGAAACAUUGUCCUCUGGUGGUCAAAUGUGUACUUUUUAAUCACGGUGGGCAACUGUGGUAUUUGGAAAGAGCUUUGUUCCAGUGUUCCCAAGUUUUCAAAAGGUUGAACUAACGGAGCACGUUUGCUUUUACUACAACCUCUCAGUGUGUAAAACAGGUCGUCAGGUCAUGAAUCAUACGAACAUGAACACACACAAGCACAAGUAUCUACUUUUAAGACGUGUAAUGAAAUGACUCAGUCACAUUUGCAGGUCUACACCUCAAUAUUUCUAUUGAGUUUAUUUUUUGCAGAGGCUAUAUCACCUACUCCCGAUUUGAAUAAAAGAUAUUUAAUACUCACACAUAAAACUACAAUGAGAUGGGAAUGGUUGAAUAAAAAAAGGCCAAGGACAAAUCGGUCUCACUAAAAAGAGAAUAUUUUUGAAUCCACAUAAAUACAACUGUGGGUUUAUAUUUACUUUUAUACGAUUUGAAAUUCUAAAACUUUAAUUAGAGAAUGCAUACAAGGUUAAAUGAUGCUUAACAAUCAGUAGUGAGUGGCUCUGCAUUGCACACAUUUCACAACCACAUGAUUUCUAAUGGACUGUACUGUAGCCUCCCUUUACCUCUGUCAACAACUCUAGCGUUUUAUAAAUUGUUUUCUCACGUCAAUUUUUAUUUUGAAGUGUCAGAUUGUUUUCUCUCACAUUUUUGGUUCUCAAAAACAAUAAAUUAUUGGGUUGAUUUUGAUCAUCUGCGAUUAUAACACAGUGUGUCUGUUUUUCCUUUGAUUCAGUGUGACCCAGACAUGCAUCACUGCAUUGUGAUCAUUUGCGUUUGCAAAAUCAAUAUGUAUCCUGCUGUUCUCACUCUGAUUUAUGUCACACGAUUUAUAUUUUGGUAGAAAGACAAACACUUGCUGUAAAUUAUAUUUGACAUUUUAUUUUAUUUUUGAUUUUAAAGUACCAGUCUAAUGUUUUACCUCAGUACUCAAGAAAGGUAAUGUUGUAACUUAGUGAUCGGAAAAUCAGUUGUUCAAACAUUAAUUAGCUUUGGUCAAGGAAAUAGUCGAAAUACUGUAUGUUGGUUUUGCGGUUUUAGCGGCGAUCCUCGAUUGAACCGAUGAAGGGAUUUUUCUUACAGUUUUUAAAAUAAGUAUUUUAAAUAGGAUAUGCUCUGGGACAAAAUGCCAUUGUUGACGUAAUGAUGUCAACUUGAUUUUGCUUAGAAAUGACACUCUUCUUUCGUUGAUUUAAAUGAGAAUUAUAUCUAAGAUAUGCAUGCUUUUAAUAAGAUAUAUAAAGUUAUAAGCCAGUGUUUCUCAUCAGAUGGAAGUGGUUCGUGGUGUUCAGACGGUCGUUCAGAGCGAGAAAAGCAAACGCAGACUUGAUUUGAACCUUUCGAGGUGGGAGUAGCGAUGAUGAUCAUGGGUUGACGUUCAUGGGCUUGACAUCACCCAUUUUCAGAGGAUGUACUAUGUAAAUACAAGAGAACUGCUGUUUUUAUGCCACAAGGGGGCGCCUUCAUUUCAGAGCUACAGUAGGGAGCACCAAUAACAUUAUACCUCUUUUUUCUACAGUAGCAUUUCAAAAAGGUUUUGAUAUAAUAUAAAACUCAACUUAGAUACUGUUACUAGACGAACUGAGAUCAACUGUAAGUUUUAUUUUGUUUCAGGAUUUUAACUUAUUCAGAUAAUACAAGUUCCAGUUGUAAAAUAUGGUAUGAGGAUGCUAACAUGGAGAUCUGUUUUAACUAUGGAUUAUAGUCUGUAUUAUCAAUUCAGGUUAAGAAAACUAGUGUUGCUUUCAUCCUAUUUAAACAAGCAUUUCUUCCUUUUAUACUCUGCUAAGAUGCAAAAAAAAUGUGUUUGAUUCUCUUCAGUUUGUCUUUUUUAUCGCACUUUGGCAGCAGAUUCCUGUGUAGAUUCUGAUCUGAGUUGUCUUAUUAUUAGUAAGCCUAAUUUAUACUUUUGUAGCAACACUAUUUUUAUAUAAUGGCAAAGAAAGGGUUCCGUGUCUUUUGUUUUUUCCUGCUUUAUUUUUAAUUUUUCCUGUGUCAUAUAUGGCAGCGCUGUUCAAUGUUUCUUGAAUACAUUACCCACUGUAGUAUGUGAUGUGUGAAUAAACUCCAAAUCUGUGUCAA